UUAAUUGUUGCUGUCUAACAACUGGCUGGCAGACUUCCUGGACUUCCCCGCUGGCUCUGGUGAGGAUGGGAGCUGGCUCCAGCACACCACUGAUGGACGGCCUUGGCCCAGGGAACGGCUGUCCGGGGGGCUGGGGGCUGAUGGGAUUGGUGGGUCUCUCUGUUCUCCCCAGGCGGAUGUUCCCAUUCCUGUCAUUUACUGUGGCUGGGCUGGAGCCCACCAGCCAUUACCGGAUGUUUGUGGACGUGGUCUUGGUGGACCAGCACCACUGGCGGUAUCAGAGCGGCAAGUGGGUGCAGUGUGGAAAGGCUGAGGGCAGCAUGCCAGGGAACCGCCUGUACGUCCAUCCAGAUUCCCCCAACACCGGAGCCCACUGGAUGCGCCAGGAGGUGUCAUUCGGGAAACUGAAGCUCACGAACAACAAGGGGGCUUCCAAUAAUGUGACCCAGAUGAUCGUGCUUCAGUCCCUCCAUAAAUACCAGCCCCGGCUGCACAUUGUCAGAGUCAGCGAUGGAGAGCCGGAAGCGGCCUGCAACACACACAUCUUCACUUUCCAAGAAACCCAGUUCAUCGCCGUGACCGCCUACCAGAACGCCGAGAUUACUCAGCUGAAAAUUGAUAAUAACCCUUUUGCCAAAGGAUUCCGGGAGAACUUUGAGUCCAUAUAUGCAUCUGUUGACGCCAGCGUCCCCUCCCCGCCUGGACCCAACUGUCAACUGCUUGGUGGAGACCACUAUUCUCCUCUCCUCCCCAACCAGUAUCCCGUCUCCAGCCGUUUCUACCCCGACCUUCCCGGCCAGGCCAAGGAUGUGGUUCCCCAGCCUUACUGGCUGGGAGCCCCCCGGGACCACAGCUAUGAGGCCGAGUUUCGCGCUGUCAGCAUGAAGCCUGCAUUCCUGCCCUCCGCGCCUGGGCCCACCAUGUCCUACUACCGAAGCCAGGAAGUCCUGGCGCCUGGAGCGGGCUGGCCUGUGGCCCCCCAGUACCCUCCCAAGGUGGGCCCAGCCAACUGGUUCCGCUCCAUGCGAACUCUGCCCAUGGAACCUGGCCCUGGAGCCUCAGAGGGGCGGGGGCCAGAGGAGCAGGGCUCCCCCUCCCUGUGGACUGAGAUCACCCCACUCCGGCCAGAGUCCAGCGACUCAGGACUGGGCGAAGGAGACUCUAAGAGGAGGCGUGUGUCCCCCUAUCCUUCCAGCGGUGACAGCUCCUCCCCUGCGGGGGCCCCUUCUCCUUUCGAUAAGGAAACUGAAGGCCAGUUUUAUAACUAUUUUCCCAAUUGAACAGAUGACGUGAAAGGAACAGGAAGAGUGUCGUUAGGUUGGUGACUCCAACCGUACCACAAACUCAGGACUGAGCCGUCCCCAGCUUCUUCUGUCCUGUCUCCUUUUGUAGUUGGUUGAGGAAGAGGGGGGCCAAGAAGGAUUCUGAGGUUCACUUGCUGUCUCCUGGCCCACCGGGAAACCCGCAAGGACUGUCCUCUGCCCCUUCCCCUGCCCCAACUACAGUCAUAUACCUGGUGCUGCUUCUAGCUGUGGGCUCCCAGCUGGAGAACAUAAAACGGACCAUGGAAGGUCUGGGACACAAAAGAGCUUCCUCUCUUCUACAGGCUGGGGUGGGGGGGAUCAGGGUCAGGUGGGAUGGCCUGGCUGGAGACUCAGAUCUCUUCCUCUGUAGAGUAACUGUCAACAUUUUCAUUUGCGUGUGUGUUAAUCCCUGAUCUGAAAAUAAAGACAUGUGGAUUUUCUAAGUCAGCCAGCAAGGGCCAGGGAGAGGACCCCAGUGACUUUGAACAACUGGCCUGGGCCCCACCCUCUUAGACACAGUGGAGUCCCGAGGAAGGGGCUGGCAAGGGUGUGGGGCUUGUGCAUGACUCAAGAAGCAAAGUGUUGAGAUUUUCCAAGUGACUCAGUGGUGAAGAAGCUGCCUGCCAAUCGGAAGGCACAGGUUUAAUCCCUGGUCCAGGAAGAUCCCACAUGCCAUGGAGCAACUAAGCCCGUGCACCACGACUACUGAGCCUGUGCUCUGGAGCCCGGGAGCUGCAACUACUGAGCCCACGUGCCUCAACUACUGAAGCCAGCGAGCCCUAGAGCCUGUGCUCUCCAACAAAAGACGCCUUCUCAAUGAGAAACCCACGUACCACAGCUAGAGAGUAGCCCUCCAAGUAGAGAAAAGCUCCACACAGCAUUGAAGACCCAGGACAGCCAAAAAUAAAUAAAUAAAAUAAUUUUUUUUUUUUAAAAGAAGCACUGUCUUGCCCAGGGAACAGGGGAUGGUGUGUGAGGAUACGUUUUUCUUUUUGGGGAACAGGGGAGGCUAUUUAUUGUACAGAGAGUGGUGUCCAGAUAUAUUACUUUUGUCUUCAUCACUUUCUGGAAAUAAACACAAAACUGUCAAGCGUGUCCUGCUUUGGUACCUGGGUGGGGGACACAGGCGGGGACUCUCCUGGGAACUGCAGCUGUACCCAAACUGUUCUCUCUGCUCUAGAACAGAAUUUGAAGUUCCGAAGACCCUCCUAGAAACUAGAGGUGAUUUCAUUCAGGGGAUAAACUGGAUUAGAGCAAUUCUACGUGUCCUGCCUUGGUGCUCAGGUUGAUGGCUGAUGCCACCUCUUAAGGUAUCUUGGGAUACCCUGAUUGUAGAGCAGGGUGUGAGGGCAAGACCAGAGGAUGGGGGCUCUGCAGAAAAAGAUGACACUUGAUUUUUCUGUGCAUUUCUGGCAGCUUGGGAUCGCCAACUUCAUCUUGGGGUUGUUCAAAGAUUAAAGGAGUAAAUGUAAAUAGGACCAUAUGAAAUUGCUCUUUUCGUAGGUCAAGAACAGCCAAAUGUUGGCAGUUUCAUUUGAUCCAAUCGUAUAUGUAAUGAGCUUAGAACGGUGCCAGAAAAACAGUAA